AUGGCUCCAGAAAUCGCUCAAAUUGAGGAUCUAGACUUCUCAGCAGAGGCUUUCGACCCAGAAGUCAACACGUUCCUAUACACUUCCUUCAGCAAAGUGGAAGAGGAUGAUAGCGUUUUCUUUGGCCAGAUACUAAAGCGCAAGCGGUUUAUUAACCCACAAGAAUACACCACUGCUCUGAGGAGGAUUCCAGACGAAGAAAUAUACCCAAAAUUUACGCCAUAUGGUGACAUUCACGCUGUUUAUGAUGGGAAGGACCCAUUACCUAGCAACGUCUACCUUAAACGACCACGUCUAUUUGUCUACGAUGACUACAAAGAGCAAGAUGCAGUUGAUAUAAUCCCGGCUCUUCUUCUAGAAGAAGCACAUAUCUUGGAAACUCUAUCAAAGAAUCCCCAUCCUGGUAUUAUCAAAUAUUAUGGAUGUCGUACCCAAAGAGGUUUCAUUACUGCUCUAGCUCUGGAGCGUCACCCCAGUGACUUGAAACGAUACAUCAAAGACAAAAAAAGUCCACUCGACCAGGAAAAAUUCAUGGUUGCCCUCGAGUCGGCUAUAAAUCAUCUGCACUCUCUUGGGUUUGCCCAUAACGAUAUCAACCCUGCCAACGUUUUACUUGACCAUGCACAAAUGCCUGUUCUUGUGGAUUUCAACUCAUGCAAGCCAAUUGGAGAGAAACUCACGUAUAGUCGGGGGACUCUCAGUUGGACUGAUGAAGAGGAUGAGUGGGAUACAUCGGAGACCCGUCAUGAUUUCUUUGGGAUGGAGAAGAUUCGAGAGUGGCUUAAGAUAUCUGCAGAAGUCCAGUAA